AUGCUUCGCACCACUUCUUGUGUAUCUCGCUUGGUGUCCAGGACUAUCAGCGUCUCAGCAGCGAGGGCUGCCGAGCAGCCGACGAAGAAAGAAGUAAAUCGAAUUUCUUCACUUUAUGAAUGGAAGUCUGAUAAUUCUAUCUUGCAGGUUGAAGCACUGUUCGCUGAGAAUCCACAAGAGCGACGAGGAAAUGCUUUCAGCUUGAACAGAGUCGAAAUUGUCGGCGGUGUUGCGAACGACCCAAUUUCGAGAACGGCGAAAAAUGAUCGUCCAUACACGAUUCUCAAUGUUAUCACGAACUCGAGGCUUCGCUUGGGUAAUGGAGAGUACAAAGAACAGAGUGAGCGCCACACAAUUACAGCAUUCGGAAAGGUGGCAGAGUUUGUUGCAAAGAAUAUAAAGAAGGGUGAGUUGUUAUCACCUUCCAUUCUCUUUCUUCAAAGUACGAUGUACUUGAGCAGAGGAAAUUCUGAAAUUUAA